AACAUGAAAUACCUUAUUUCACCUUCCAUCAUUGUGAGCUUCUUUCUAACUCCGUGUCUGGCUCUGUUGAACAUCAGUGACAGCCAUCCUCUGGAUGGAUCUGUUGGGUCCCAAAUCAUCCAUGUCAAUGCCCUCAGAGGUAUGGUCAGCAUCCGAGACAAUAAUGUUUUGAGCGAAUGGGAUGGAAUCUUGGACUACACACAUGCCCUUUUGGCAGCUAAACUAUUUAGCAAGAUGGCUUGCGUCCUGGCCAGGAUGGACCAAACAGUCUUCCCAAGCUUGGCUGAUGUUAGCAAGGCCCUGGACAAGCAGGCUCUGGAGCAUUACCCGUCCACCCACGGCUUGACCUACACUGUCUUACCAAACCGGGUCAAGAACUUAGACCAGUACGGAGAGACCAUCAAGGACAUGUGCAGAGAUGUCCCCACCUAUUUUGCCCAGCAACAAAAAGAAGGUACUGCCCUGGCAAUUGACCCUGAUUCCUGUUUCAAUGUCCAGAUUCUGCUCUUUAUGGGACUCUCCAUCUGUGGUGAGAUCCCGGGGCUCUGA